AUGUAAACUUAGAAAUGCAAACUCUAAUAUGUAAAUCCGUAAAUUUAAAAUAUCUAAUGCAGAAUGAUUAUGUGCAAAGCGAAUUCUGUAGUGUUUUAAUAAGGCGAAGUUGGGAAAAAUUUAUAUCACGUUUUAUGUGGCUAACUGACUUGUCUUUUCAAAGAGGAAGAUUGCACACCAUCAAAAUAAAAGUUCAUGAGAUUACAAUCGAAUGAUAUUUUUGUCCAAUAGGUUCUAUAAUUGGUACCGAAUAUCACUAUAUUGAGUAAAUAAUAUUUCCAAUCCAAUCAAAACAUUCCUUUUGCACAAAUAUACCCAGGAGACACUUUUGGGGAAGCAAAAGGCAAGCGUUCCUACACUGUAAUUGCUGAGAAGGACAGUAUUAUGAUAGAGUUGUAAUUUGAUGAAAAGUAUUGGAGAAGCUUUGAAACUCGACAUUCAUUUCUAGAAAAGUUGAACGUAGCCAGCGAUUUACAAUUACUAAGUGUAUGUCUGAAAGAGAAACAAUUUAAAUAUGGAGAUUAUAUAUUUAAACAAGAAGAUCAAAGAAAGUGGAUUUACAUGAUUAUUUCAGGGGAAGUCAAUUUUAUCAACAAUAACACAAAUAUUUAUAAUUUGGGAGCACUCCAAAUAUUUGGAUUUGAAGAAUUCUUGAGAGACUCUCUAAGAAAAUACACAGUCAAAUGUAUUUCAGCUUAAUUUUGUUGUUAUGUAGUUGAUAGUUUAAACUAUUUUAAUAUAAUGCAAUUAGAGAAACUAGCAAAGGCAAGAAACCUUAUGAUUUAAUAAAUUCUAAGGUAGAAAAAAUAAGUGUCAAUAACCAAUAGAUAAACUUAAAUGCCUUAGGUUUCUAAAGGGAGUGUGUCCUAGCAAUAACAAUUAAACAAUUCUGAAGAAAAGAAUAGUUUUUACAAUUUAUAUUGGUCAAAGGAUUUGUCUGAAUUGCCGAGAUGGAAUUUGGAAUAACUGACUAGAGAUGCAGGAGCAUCGCCAGGGUAGGGGAUAAUCAAAUCGAAACAAUAUAAAACACCUAUUCUUGAUUAAUCGUAGGAUGGUAGUUUAUUGAAUUCGAGAAGAAAUUCAAUAAAGCCAUGUUCAGUUUUUGAUGUUAAUCCUGUUCAAAAUGGAAAAUUGAUUAGAAGUUAUAUCAAAAGGAUGAGAGCUGAAAAGUAUUCUGAAUAUCACGCCUGUUUAAAGGGAAAUUGGGAUUUAUUUAACGUGUCAAAGGUGUCUCAACAAUACUCAGCUCCCAAGAAACAAUAAACUUCAGUUCCGAAUACUUAGAGUUACUCUAAGAGACAAUAAGCACUUAAAUCGAAUCUGACUUAAAUGAACUCAAUCUAUGUAGAAGAUUUCUCCAAUUCUCCUGUAAAAAUCAUCUCAGAUUAGCAAAAACUCAAAAAUGAUAAGUAGAGUAAAGAAAUGUCAACGAUGACUAUUCAUCCAUUCAAAAUUUGA